GGUCCACCUCCAGGGCACAGGCUGUAGCUCAUUCUGACCACUGCUCCUCUCCUGGGAAUCACUUUUAAGGUUCGGGGGUUUUUUUGGAUUUGUUUUUUUUUUUUUAAGUUUUUUUUGGGGGGGCACCUUUACUUUCAAGUUUAAGCAACACAAAAUGGCACCAAAGAAGGACGUAAAGAAACCAGCGGCAGCGGCAGGACCACCACCCGCGCCAGCACCAGCGCCAGCACCCGCACCAGCUAAACCCAAAGAACCUGCAAUUGAUCUCAAGAGCAUCAAGAUCGAGUUCUCCCAGGAGCAAAAGGAUGAAUUCAAGGAGGCCUUCCUCCUCUUUGACAGGACUGGUGAUGCCAAGAUCACCCUGAGCCAGGUUGGUGAUAUCAUCCGGGCGCUGGGGCAGAAUCCUACAAAUGCCGAGAUCAACAAGAUUCUGGGCAACCCCAGCAAAGAGGAGAUGAAUGCCAAGAAAAUUACUUUUGAAGAGUUCCUGCCCAUGCUGCAAGCAGCUGCUAACAACAAGGAACAGGGUACCUAUGAAGACUUUGUUGAAGGUCUGCGUGUCUUUGACAAGGAAGGCAACGGCACAGUUAUGGGGGCUGAACUCCGUCAUGUACUGGCUACUUUGGGUGAGAAGAUGACAGAAGAGGAAGUAGACGAACUCAUGAAAGGUCAGGAAGACUCCAACGGCUGCAUCAACUAUGAGGCAUUUGUAAAGCACAUCUUGUCUGUCUAAGUGGACUUCCCCAGAUACCAAACGUGUUUCUUCAGCCAACGUUGACUUCAAGUCCAACUCUCCCAUUCCUUCCCAGAACAAGUCAAAUUCAGAAAGACCAGAUGGCACUCGAGAUUUGCCUGAGAUUCUUGCUCUGACUGUCACCAUCAACAUGGAAACUGCAUAGAACUGGAUGAUGUGCCUCCAAUCCCACCACUUUUUACCAGUGCGUCCAUAGGUAUCACCUCUGGGUCACUACAUUUUCAUUUAAAAAACCUGAACUUUUACCAAGGCAAGCUAGAUGGAAUAAACUGUUACCAUCCAGGAUCCAUCCAUCACAAGCAUCUCUUUCCAUGUUGUAUUGAAACAUUGUAAUCUCUUGGAAAACAAAGCAACAAUAAAUCCC